AUGCGUUUCCUCGCCCUCUCAAUUGCCGCUCUGGCAGCCAUCGUCGCCGCUGAGGAAGUUAAGGUCGAAGUGACCCGCGCUGUCGAGUGUGACCGCAAGUCGCAGAAAGGCGACAAGAUCUCAGUCCACUAUCGCGGCACAUUGCAAUCAGAUGGCAAGCAAUUCGACGCCAGCUACGACAGAGGACAGCCAUUGAGCUUCGUUGUUGGAAAGGGAAGCGUCAUCAAGGGAUGGGAUGACAACCUGAUCGACAUGUGCAUUGGCGAGAAGAGGACUCUUACCAUUCCUCCUGAGUUUGGUUAUGGAGACCGGAACAUGGGCCCUAUCCCAGCUGGCAGCACAUUGAUCUUUGAGACCGAGCUGAUGGGCAUUGAUGGUGUCAAGGCACCAGAGAGCAUCAUUGAAAAGACUGUAAGCAGCGUCGCGAGCGAGGCUACCGAGGGUGUCAAAGCUGCAAUCAAGAGCAAGAUCGCAGAGGCUGCCGAGGCUGCUAAAAUUAUUAUUGCUGAUACUGAUGGUGAUGGGCAGGAACAUAACGAGUUAUAG